AUGUAUAGAAAUUUAGGUCAAUCAUAUUAAGCUAUGAAUAUAAUUCAUGAAGAAAAUGGUAAUUAAUUAUGGUUAGGUGAUUAUACUGCAGCUUAAGAUAAACUCACUCUUGAUAAAAAAGGAAUUAGAACAGUUUUAACAGUUGCAUGUUAAUUAAAUAUCAAAUAUAAUGAUUUAAAUAUUAAUCAUAAAGUAUUAAUCUAUAAAUAUAUAUUAGACAUAUUCAAUCCUUGAUUCAGAAUAAGCUAACGUUGCUUAAUUUUUUGAUGACUCUUUUUAUUUAAUUAAGAAUGGAUUAAAAUCCGGAUCUGUUCUUGUUCAUUGUGCAGCUGGAGUUUCUAGAUCAGCAUCCAUUGUUAUAGCUUAUCUAAUGAGAAAUAAAGGAUGGACAUAUUCUGAUACCUUUUCAUAUGUUAAAAGCAAAAGAUUCGUUAUUUGUCCAAAUAGUGGAUUUUAACGAUAAUUGAAAAACUUUGAAAAAAUAUUAAACCAAUCUAAAGUUAAUUUUUAAAUAUCUAACUAAGAAGACUAAUAAAAUAAUUAACUUCUUAUUUCAUAAUCAUAGUCUGAUACUCAAACUGAUACAAAAAAACCAGAAUCCCCUAUUAAACAAGGUAAUGAAAAAAAAUCUGAUACACUUGUUCAAAAUGAGUUUAGAUCAACUAUCAGAAAUAAUGAAUAAUUUGGAAAUAAAAAUGAUUAAAAAUUAGAUACCAAAUCAAAUUUCAAAGUAUAAAAUAAUUAUAGAAAUUGUAUUCUCACAUCUAAAUUUAAUAAUACAAGAACUAAUAUGCAAUAAAAUAAACUCAAUUUGUAAACAAUGUAAACCACUUAUAAUUCAUCUUAUGCUGGCCCUUAAAUUGUUACACAUGCUUAAAAUAAAUUAUUUGAAAAAUAACCUUUAUCUAUUUUACCUGGCAUUUCUGCUAAAUCUAAUUUGAUUAAUUAUACUUUGAAUAAUAGAAGAAAGUUAUGA